UAAUUUUCUGUUGGAACGGCACCACCUGAGCUCCACUCAGAAUUCGUGAUUCCUCCCUCUUUAGAAACCAACGCAUAUAAGAUUCAACCAAUAGGCGCCCUCCACGUGCCAAGUCACGGUCUAUUGUCUACCGCUUGAGAACUCCUCCUCCACUUCCGGUUGCCAUUUCCAACAUCCAACUCUCUCUCGUCUUCACUCUCCUCUCCACGGUCAUGAAGUCUCUGCGUGUUCGCAGUAGCAAAGAAAAGAUUUUGGAGCUUUAGAGAAGAAUUAACUUCGAAGUGAGAUAAUUUGGAGAAUGUUUUGUUUGGAUCGUGUUCUGGCGGUUUCCUACCCGUUGAAGCCGUUGUAUAAGUCCAAUUCUUAUUGCCGAACCUCCAGAUUUGUUCAUGUUAAGCCCGAAGUCAACCUUAAAUGGCGAUCUAUGGCGGUGGAGCCCGAAUCUUCUUCUUUCGCUUCAUCGAUUGAUUCUGAUUCUACGGAUAAAAAGGCUGCCGGAUUUUGUAUCAUCGAAGGGCCUGAGACAGUACAGGACUUUGCCAAAAUGGAAUUGCGAGAAAUUCAAGAUAAUAUUCGAAGUCGCCGCAAUAAAAUUUUCCUCCAUAUGGAAGAGGUUCGCAGGCUGAGGAUACAACAGCGGAUCAAAAAUGCUGAGCUUGGUAUUUUAAGUGAACAGCAGGAAAAUGAACUCCCUAAUUUUCCAUCUUUCAUCCCGUUCUUGCCUCCUUUGAGUUCAGAAAAUCUUAAGGUGUAUUAUGCCACUUGCUUUUCUCUUAUUGCUGGGAUUAUCAUCUUCGGUGGUCUUCUUGCUCCAACUCUGGAGCUUAAGCUAGGAUUAGGAGGCACAUCAUAUGAAGAUUUUAUCCGCAGUGUGCAUCUGCCAUUGCAAUUGAGUCAGGUUGAUCCAAUAGUGGCAUCAUUCUCUGGAGGUGCAGUAGGGGUGAUCUCGGCGUUGAUGGUGGUUGAAAUCAACAAUGUGAAACAGCAAGAGCAUAAAAGAUGCAAAUACUGUCUCGGAACUGGGUAUCUUGCUUGCGCUCGCUGCUCAAGCACUGGAGCACUUGUUCUUAUUGAACCAGUUUCGACAGUCAAUGGUGGAGAUCAGCCUUUAUCAGCACCAAAAUCAGAAAGAUGUUCAAACUGUUCAGGGUCUGGAAGGUUGGGGAAUGCGAAUAUAUAA